AUGCGCCUCGACACUAUCCUACUAUUUACCUUUCCACUGAUGAGUCUUGCCCUCACCAACCCACAACGCUUCCAUCCCCGGGACGAUCUCCGCGGUGAUCCAGAAGAUACGGUCAAGUGCGAAACCAGCAAAGGCUCCCCUAUGGUUUCUGAGGUACUUAAGGCCGCCGAUGAGCUCAAAAAUAGCAAGAACUACGAUCUUAGGUGCGUGCAGGGCAACGUUUUUGCGAGUCACUGCACAGAGCUUGCAAAAUAUGGCAGUUCCAGAAUCAUGCUCUGCGGAUGGGGCGUGAGUGCCGGUUAUUAUAUCUGGUGUCGAGAGGCUGCGAUGGCUGCGAAGAGGAUCGUGGAUGACUGUAAGAACGACAACCGAGUUGGUGGGCAGUAUAGCUUUAAGCAUGCGCCUUUAAUCGUUCAGGUCAGUUAUUAG